AUGCUGGUUGCAUAUGAGGACCUUAAUUGUAAUGAUUUGUACAUCUACAACCUUCGUGAAGAAAUCUUGACAGGCUUGCGCCCGGUGUUCUUCGACUUCGAAGCAAAAAUGGUGCCAAAACCCGAUGGUUUCCAAUGGCCAACUUUGCCAUCCAGAUCACCAUCAUCAUCAGCAAUAAUGGAUGUGUCAAGCUUACAAGAAAGUUUACCGAAAAUUGUUUAUCCAAAACCUCGUUCGACUGAACUACCUAUUUUAAAAGAAUCGAUAAAUGAAGAUGAAGAUUUGUCAAGCGGCUCAGAAAAUGGUGACGAUGAUGAAGAAGAAGAAGAAGAAGAAGAAGAAGAGGAUAUUUAUCUUGAAAGGCCUGCUCAUACCAAUUCACAAAUCAUUGCUUAUGAUGAUACAGAUACUCGAGUGGAUUAUUUGAAUACCCGAUCCCCAUACAUGUUUUUCAAUUCAGAUAUCACCAUCAAAAAUUCCUCCGGUCAUCAUCACCAACACGAUUUACAAAAGAUGGGGAUUUAUAAAUCAAUCUUUGAUCCUACUGAAAUUACAAAUCCUCUUGAGGCGUUGAAACAAUGGAAACACCAAUAUAAUGAUGAAGAAAUCUCUGCGCUUUUCAUGAUUAGUGGUGGGCAUUUUGUCGCCGCAAUCGUCUCGCAUAAACCACGAGUCAUCAAGAAGCAAAUCAGCCCCCAUGAAGCAGGACAAUACCUCUCACAAACCGUUUCUUUCAUUGACCAUAAAUCCUUCCAUCGUUAUACCACACGUAGAAAGCAAGGGGGGUCACAAUCGGCAAUGGAUAAUGCUAAAGGGAAGGCGAAUUCUGCCGGUUCGAGUUUGAGAAGAUAUAAUGAACAAGCCCUUGCCAACGACGUGAGAGAAGCUAUCAAAGGCUGGGCACCAUAUUUAAGCAAAUGCAAAUCGAUCUUUAUCAAGGCUAAUAAUGUCCGGAACUUCAGAUUGAUUGUCAGUGGCGACGAUAUUACUGACAACACUAAAAAAAAUAAAGAAUUCGAAUUGUAUAAGAAUGAUCCAAGAAUCAAGAAAUUCCCAUUCACCACCAAAAGACCAACUAUCCAAGAAUUACGUCAUGCUUGGGUGGCAUUGACGUAUCUUACCCCGGUUAACCUUCCAAAAAUUGAUGAUCGUUCACGACUUGCCAAACAGAAACAACAACAAUUGCAAUCCUCCAAAUCAUUAUCAUCGUCAUCAACGAGUUCCACUGUCACCACUACUAGCCAAGCAUCACCAGAAACCCCGGAGAUUAAACACACCAACGAAUUGAUAGGAUUGUUAAAGAAAUCCAAAGCUCCGGCAUUAAUUGCGUAUUUACGUCGUAAUAAAAUCGACGUGAACUCCUCACUUGAACCAUUAGUAAAACACCAUAAAGCCCCGACUUUACUCCACUGGGCUGCUGAGCAACGUCAAUCUCAUAUGAUCUACGUACUUUUGGUGACCCUCAAAGCCGAUGCCACUAUCAAGAGCAAUUCGGGGAAAACUGCGUUUGAUUUGCUUGCCAGUGGUGGUGACGAUCGUUGCAGCGGCGACGAUAUCAAGUGUCAAAGAUCGUUCCAAAAGGCAAGAUUCAAAUUAGGAGAGAGUUAUUGUGAUUGGGAUGGUAAUUCUGGGGCACAUAUGGUGAACUUCCCAGGGUUAAGUGAAGAAGAUAUAAUUGCUUUGGAAGCCAAAGAAUUGGAACGCGAACGGAAAGCAAGGGAACAGAUGGUGGCGGAAGAGAAAAGUAAACUUCGACAAGAAAGUGUCACCCGAAAAUUCGGUAGCGACGGAAAAGUAUUGGAUGGGGGUAGUAUGGCCAAAAUAGAUAAGCAAAUUGUCCAAAGUUUGAGUGAAGACGACCGAAGAAAAUUGGAAAGAGAAAGAAGGGCAAGGGCGGCAGAGGCACGGUUUGGUAAAAAGUGA